CGUGAACUUUAUGAGACCAAUCAGAUUCACCAUUCAAACACUCUACCAAAUAUGGUCAUCGUGGCUCCUCCCCCAGCAUGCCCUCGCGGGGUACCUCAUUCAUGCUCCGAGUUCUGAAAGCAUCACUGCCAAUUUGUACAGCAGGCGCGCGGCCAACGGGACAACGUUUCGGACUACGCCUUAAGCCUGGCAGAGCAUCAUUCAGUUCCAUCCCCGUUUAUGUGUUUUGAGUGUGCGGUGGUUGAGUGAGAGUGUGAGGCGGUGAGUGAGAGAAGGGGCUUGGCGGCCAAAGUUGACAGUUGUGUGAGUGCGUCUGUAAGUGUACGUUUCCGCAGCACAGGUGAUCCGCGUGAACGGUACAUACAACAAGGGACGCGUUAGUCUACAAGGUCUACAAGGUUGCAGUUGAACAAUGAUCGCACCUCGAAGGAGCAUACAUUUAUGACUACUUCUGUCGUUUUGGGGGGACGUUUGAAGCCGACACAGAGGAACACCAAACUGUAGGGGAGCCGGACACAUGCAAACCUCCCUGCUGCGUCCAGUUAACGACAAAUCAACAAACGUCACUUGCGGCAGCCUACUCUUCUCGGAUAGUAUUAUCUCCCGGUCUGCAAGAUUAUUCAAGACUCUUGCGGCCAGGUUUUAAAUGUUUGGGCUGCACGAGCACCUGGGGAGGGACGUCAGCGGUUUGAAGGAGCGAGCUCUCGAGGAGAUGGAUCCCGUGCGCUCGUGGGUUAGGAACGUCGGGGUGGUGGACGCAAAUGUUGCUUCUCAAAGUGGGGUUGCUCUGUCACGAGCUCACUUCGAGAAGCAGCCUCCCCCCAAUCUGAGGAAAUCCAACUUCUUCCAUUUCGUUCUGGCACUAUACGAUCGCCACGGGCAACCAGUGGAGGUGGAGAGGACGUCAUUUGUUGACUUUGUGGAGCAUGAUAAGACGGGAGAGAAGACCAACAACGGCAUACACUACAAACUACAGCUCCUAUACAGCAAUGGGGUGCGCACGGAGCAGGACCUGUAUGCCCGUCUCAUUGACUCAGUCACCAAACAGGCUAUCGCCUACGAAGGACAGAACAAGAACCCGGAGAUGUGCAGAGUGCUACUCACUCAUGAGGUCAUGUGCAGUCGCUGUUGUGAGAAAAAGAGUUGCGGGAAUCGGAAUGAAACUCCUUCUGAUCCGGUCAUCAUAGACAGGUUUUUCUUGAAGUUUUUCUUAAAAUGCAACCAGAACUGUUUGAAGACCGCAGGAAACCCCAGGGAUAUGAGACGAUUUCAGGUGGUGCUCUCCACGACAGUGAAUGUGGAUGGGGCCGUGCUGGCCGUCUCUGAGAACAUGUUCGUGCACAACAACUCCAAACAUGGCCGCCGCACGCGGAAGCUGGAGCCAUCAGAACUAAUGGAGAAUAGCAUGGAGUAUGCCACGCCCUGUAUCAAGGCCAUCAGUCCCAGUGAAGGCUGGACCACGGGGGGCGCUAUGACGAUGGUGAUCGGGGAGAACUUCUUUGACGGUCUGCAGGUGGUGUUUGGCAGUAUGCUGGUGUGGAGUGAGCUCAUCACUCCUCAUGCCAUCCGGGUGCAGACCCCGCCCCGCCACAUCCCAGGGGUCGUGGAGGUCACACUGUCAUACAAGUCCAAGCAGUUCUGCAAGGGAGCGCCGGGCCGCUUUAUCUACACAGCCCUGAAUGAGCCAACUAUAGACUACGGUUUCCAGAGGCUUCAGAAAGUCAUUCCAAGACACCCAGGAGACCCAGACAAACUAGCAAAGGAGAUGUUGUUGAAGAGAGCAGCAGAUCUGGUGGAGGCACUGUAUGGGAAUGCCCACAGUAAUCAGGACAUGCUUAUGAAGCGGGCUGCAGACAUAGCAGAGGCUCUCUACAGCGUCCCACGGCCCCACAGUCAGCUCCAGGCCCUGCCCUCCUCGCCAGCCCACGGCAGCGUCAUGGGCAUCAGCUCCUACCCCCCGCAGCUGGGCAUCAGCCUGUCCGACCCACAGAGUGCCAGCCAGGGCUACAUGCGUAACUCCAGUAGUCUCUCUCCACGGGGGUACCCGUCUGCCUCCACGCCUCAGCAGUCCGGCUAUGCCAGUGCGGGCGGCAUGGGCGGCGGGUACAGCGCCGUGCCCAUGAGCAGCCUGGGAGUGCCAGGGUCGCCAGGGUUUAGCAACGCCUCUCCGUCAGCCUCCCCGUACGGCAUGAUGCCCUCCAGUCCUGGAGUCCCAGGGUCGGGCUCCUCCUCCUCCUUGCUGCCGUUCUCCUCCUUCCCCACCUCCUCCUCCUCCUCAGCCAAACAGAAGAGUGCGUUUGCCCCGGUGCUCCGCCCACAGGGGGCGCCCUCCCCUGUCUGUCCCAGCUCUGGCAACAGCUUCAGAGCAGCGAUGACUGGCCUGGUGGUCCCGCCCAUGUAAGGAGGGGACCAAUCAUCUCUUUCUCAGCAACAGCCCUGACCAAUCACAAACUCUACGGCCUGCCAAGGCUUUAGGGCUGCAGGCACACUUCUAACAUCACUGCCUGUCAACGAAUCCCAGAGGCCUUUCCAAAUCUCCAGACAUUCCU